AUGUCCAAAGCGCUGGGAUCCAACGAUCCAGAUGAUGCCAGCGAGGCAAGGGUUCCCAAGGGAUAUACUUCGGACAAAUUCCAAAUCUUCUGGCAAGACCGGCUCAACGUCACCGAUUUCAUCCUCAUCUUGGGCCUCACAAACAUUGGGACCGGGAUCACGCCGGUCAGCGGCCCGUACGGCACGAUGAUCGUGUUUGACGACCCCGUUACCGUGACCCCGGACUUUAACUCCAAGGUAAUUGGAUCAAUCCGUGGGACUGGCAGUGUGUGUAAGCUGGAUGGGCUUAGCACUUGCUGGGCGUUCACCAUCCGGCUCACCGAAGGGAAAUACAAGGGAACGCUCACGUUUUCUUCCGAGAUUGAUCCCACCAAGAAGGAUGUUGCUCCAAUCUCUGGUGGAACUGGUGAUUUUCUCUUUGCACAGGGAUUCGCGAGCAGUACUCCUGUUGAUAUAAGGACGACCAACACGACUUACAGCGUAGAUUUGAACGUCUUCUGGCCUCCAUUUGAGUGA